AUGGCUCUCCCACCAGAGCAGAUCAACAUCAAGCGCCGUCGAGAGGAGGAGCCCGUGGAGACAUUGUACAUCCAAGCUGCACUGCACCAGACCAAGCGCCGCUUCACGGACUUUGUCUUUCAGCGCGUCACUGUCAGUGCUAAGAAUAUCGAUGAUGCUGCCCCGGCACCAGCACACCCAGCCGCGCAGAGACUAUUACGCAGUCCCCGCUCCGUGAGCAGCUUGUAUGCCCCCAAACAGCGAGCACCGCAAUCUAUCUCGUCAAGCGGUGUGCCAUUAGUGCGCGCUACCUCUCCAGGCGCGGAGAUCCGCGAUGCCCAACGGAAGACUGCCGAGCAGAAAGCGGCCGACGAGAAGCGUAAGCGCGCCUUACAACCGGCUCCUACUAUCCAGUCUGCGCCGGUGUCUCGUGUGGAGUCUCCAGUCAAGAGGUCGAGAGAGCAGAGUCCUGCUCCAACGCAUGGCCGCUCGCAUUCAGUGCGUCGGUUCCAGAUCUCUAGGUCCAGUACCCCUAGCCUGGGCUCUCUUCGCGGCUCGGGUGGCGUUCAGAAGCGUCGUGAUGGUGGAUCACCGCGAGUGGCUGUUCUCGUUGAGCAGCUUCGACGUAAACCGCACUCCCGGCAGGCUUCGAUGGUUGCGGAUCUCGUUGGUCGGACACCGGCUGAUGAAAUCGACGUCGAGGCGGAGGACAUGGUAAACGUCUCACCUGUCAAGCCCAGAAAACGACCUGUUGUCAACCAGGCUGAGAAGCGGUGGAGAGAAGAGCGACAGAACGCUAUCUCGGCUGCGAAGCAGCAGAUCUAUGAGACGUUUGAAAAGUCUGCGCAGGCGAAGCAGAGUACCUGGGACGAAGAAUCUGAGAAACUCGCCCGUGAAUUCGAACAGGUCGCGCUGGAGAUGGAGCAGGACAUGGAAGUUGACCAUGAUGAGAGCCCCGUCGCACCUGUGCAGCCAACUCGGUAUGUGCCUGCUUCUGCGCCGAAGCCAUUGAAAGUCCAGCCGCGCUUGCCGAAGCAGCCUCGUGAGGUUCAACCACCAACCGAGUCGAAUAUUGAGGAUGUUUCCGCUCAGGCGGAAGAUAACGAGGAUGACUACGUUUACGAUGUCUACAUCCGUCGGCCCAUCGCGGAGUCCGAUAUGCUUACGAACCCGCUGGCUGAACUCCAGUCCGAUCAGCAGAUGAAGCAGAUCGAGGCAGCCAACCGCGGCAUUGGAGUCAUUGUCAUCACAGCCGAAGACGAGGAAGUUUGGGAACACUUUAUCGAAGAUGACGAGGAGGAAUGGGAUAGCGAGGACGCCGAUUCCAAUGCGGAGAAUAACCCAGCCAAUGACUACCCGGACGAGGAACUUUCGUCUGGAGACGAAAAUGACGAUCCAACUGCCAUUUACAGUAAAUACCGCCGCCAAGCUGUGUCUGAUGACGAGGAGUUCGAUCUCGAAUACUCCGAUAAUGAGGGUGGCGCCCCAUUCGGAUCUGGAUAUGGAUACCAACGUCGGUAUGGCGGCAUGGAUUCCGACGAGGAGAGCUUCUGA